AUGGCGGCGGAAAUAGUCGACCCCACUAUACCCGUUGUGAAAAACAUGCUGCUGCUGGACUCGGAGGGCAAGCGGAUUGCGGUCAAGUACUUCACGCCCGAGAUGUACAGCGUCACGGCACAGGCCAACUACGAGAAGUCGGUCUUUGCCAAGACGUCGCGGACAAAUGCGCGGGGAGAGGCCGAGAUCAUCAUGUUUGACGACGUGGUGGUGGUGUACAAGUUCCUGGGGGAUCUCAUGUUCUACGUGACGGGAGACCAGGACGAGAACGAGGUGGUGCUGUACAGCGUGCUGCAAGCCUUCUACGAAUCCAUCAACAUGCUGCUCAGGAAUGCUGUGGAGAAGAAGACGGUGCUGGAGAACCUGGACCUGGUGCUGCUGGCCAUGGACGAAAUCGUGGAUGGGGGCCUCAUCCUGGAGACCGAUGCGGGGGUGGUGGCCACGCGCGUGACGAUGCGCCAGGAUGGCGAGGGCAGCCCCAUGAGCAACCCCGGGCUGGUGACGCUGUCGCAAGCCUUUGGGUCCAUCAAGGAGCAGGUGGCGCGGAGCCUGCUCAAGUGA